AUGACAAACCCUGGGGAGGAUCCGCCAGUCAGGCUCAAGCCUGGAAAAGUAAGUGUCGGUUGUCAAACACAGCAGGAAUUGCUUGCGGCAACAAAGGAUUUUGGAUCGAACGAACCAACGACUUCACAAAAUAAUGGCAAUAAAAAUGCCCAGCCGGUGACUCCAUCAACAGGCACAACACAAACAGAAGAUGGCCUUUUGCGCCUUUCUGUAGCCGAUUUUCAUCAUUUGGAGGAUACGAUGUGUUCACCAUCAAAGAUUAUCAAUGGUGUUCCAUGGCGAAUCAUGAUUAUGCCAAAACAGCAUACAACUGGGAAAAAGACACAAAAAUGUCUGGCAUUCUUUCUCCAAUGUUGUCCUGCUAACACCUACAAUGACAAAUGGACGUGCCAAGCAAUUGCUGAGAUGAGGCUACUGGCACAGAAGCGCGGUAAUCAAAAUUUUGUUCGAAAAACGACGCAUAUCUACAAUUCGAAAGAGAACGAUUGGGGAUAUUCUUGUUUUAUGACGUGGGCGGAAAUCAUUGACGAGUCACAAGGAUAUAUCAAGAAUGGAUCAGUGAUUGUGGAGAUCGUCGUUCGAGCUGAAGCGCCAAAGAAUAUGAUGACAAAAGACGAUUUUCUGUUCAAAUUAAAGCAAUGGUAUCGCCUUGCUGAAAACCAUAUGAACAACGAUCGAGUUGAUCUUGCUAUUGAGGCCAAUCAACAAGCCGUUGAUUAUUGCAAGAAUAAGGACCCGGAAAUGGCGAAACAAUUGAAAACACAGAAAGAUGCUCUUGUGGCGCAAAAACUCGUGGAAAGCAUUAAACGACUAGAAGAUGGAUCAUCACCAAAGAAACAACCACAAACUGAAGGGCGAGCUGCCAUAAGAUCGGCCAUUGCUGGGCCUAUGUGCAAUAACGAAUUUUGCCGUCUACAUAAAGCAAAACGCCAAUGCACACAUUUAAAGAAAACCUCAAAGCCAACUUCUGCACAAAGAAAUUCUGCUCGCACACCUCGUGCACCCUGCUCAUCUCCACGACCGCCUGGAUCAACUAUUCGCCCAACUUGCAAGUCUCAUCAAGAAGCAAAUCAUACAGAGGGAGCCUGCUCCGGUUCGAAGAUUGCAAAGCGAGCUGAUUUGCCAAUUGGUACGGGCUCCAAUCAAUCUCGUGGGGAAGCGAAGGUUGACGAUGAAGAUCUCGGCGCAGAAUCUGAAGGGUCAUACACAGAUAUGGGGCAAGCGGUUGAUUUAGCUGAAAUCUGCCAAGUACAGAUUGCGACUGCCGAAAGCAGCUGCCAGACAGAAGAUAUCACAAUGGAUCGCGAGGAAGAAGGUGAUGAAGACGACGUUGAAUGGUGCCAUCAGAAUUCAUCGGAGAAUAACUCGACAGAAGAAACGACCUCUACACAAGAUGAAGAAUCUAAUGAUGAAGGAAUUCCGGAAGAAGCGUUGACAAAGGAAAAUGGUUACAAACGCGAUAAACGGCCAACUACUCCUGAAUUGCUUUUUUUCCAUAAACGACCAAUUCUGCAGGCAGCUCGCAAAAAUCCAAAGGGAAUGACGGAAGUGAGUCCAGUUUUAUUAGACGAUCAUCACGUUAGCUGCUUGUUGGACGCAUUCAAAGCUUUGCAGCAACCGAAAGAAAAAAACAUUAAUGGACAAAAGACUAAUGGAUCUACCGAAAAAACACUCAAAAAGAAUCAACAUCUUAAAUGGCUUUGUGAUGACGUGGACACAAUGGUUACCAUGAUAUCUUUCUUCAAAAAGGACUUCAAGUUGUAUCAAGAAAGACAUGAGGCUCAACUAGAAAAUACCAGCCCAAUGGAGCAGCAUGAAAAUAUGGCUAUGUUCUUUGCUAUUGGUAUGGCAAACUAUCAAUGUGACAGAAUGACCCAAGAGGUUGAACGUUUUCUGGAAAAAUCUGAGCAACUAUUCCAUGGCAAGAGGAUGGGCACUUUGAUUGGCCGUCUCUCCGGUGGAAAAUUGGCUCUUGAUGAUGAAGCAUCUGUGGAUAAAUCUUCGAUGGAUGUAGAGUUUAACUCGGACGAUUCUCGUAGCACUACCACAGCUCUCUCAGAAACCGAUGCUUCGGAAAGUGCUUCUUUGGAAAUGUGUUCAGAAGAAGAAGAAGAAAUAGAAAUAGAGGAGGGAGAGGAAUUACAUGCAAAUGUAUCGGGAGACAGAGCUUACAAUUCAGACUUGAGGGAUGUUGCUGAAAAUCUUAUGACUUUUAACCAGUCAAUGUACACAGCCAUUGGUCGCUUCAAGAGCUUCGGCGAUGCACUUAGUCAGGUUUCACAACAGGUCGAAAGUACGGUGCCUGAAAAAAUUUCUACUUGUGACCAUGGCGAUUUGCAACGUCGAUUGGAACUCCGCACGAAGUCUUUACAAAAUGAACAAGCUGCGCAUCAGUUAACCAAGAAAAAACUUGAAGAAUUAAAGGCGCAAUCUUCUGAAUCAAAAUCUAAAGUAGAACAGUUAAACAAGCAACUCAGAGAGAAGACAAAUGAUAAUAAAAGGCUUGAGAAAAAGAGCCUCAAAGAUGAUGCGAAAAUCAAUGAAUUAUUUACCGACAAAACUGAACAAGAUGAAAAACUUAAAAAUCAGAAACGCGACACGAAUUCAUUGAAGAUGAAGCAUUCUGAUGAGCUUAAGACCUUGAAACUGGAACGAGAUCAAUUGCAAGUUGAACUGGAUAAACUGAAGAAAGAAGCAAGCAUGCGUGAAUCUCAAAGAGAAGAGUUCGAU